AUGUCGAUGCUUCUAGCCUUGGCCUUGCUCUUCACCCAGAGUGCUACUGAGGCUGCUGACAACCACACGAACACCUCCAGCACUGCGCAAGGUCCGACGAUCGGUCCUUCUACAGGACUCAAGGUCCGACGCACUCAGCAAGUGGUGACCAUCCUCCACGUGAGUGAUACCCACAGCUUGCACCGCUCGACAGGAGACUUGCCGGCGGCCGACAUCUUCAUCCACUCCGGCGACGUGGCCAAGGUGGGCAACGACGCGGAGCUGGGCGACUUCAACGACUGGCUGGGUCAAAUCAAGGACAAGUACCAGCACAUGUUCAUCAUCGCGGGGAACCACGACUUCUGGGACACCAACUGGCGCCUGAAUCGCGGAUGGAUGUCUCAAGCAGAGGCUCAAAGUCCUGAAUACUUCCAGAGCAAGAUCACCAACGCCAAAGUCUUGAAUCACGAGUUGGUGGAGGUGAUGGGAUUGAAGAUCUGGGGCGCUGGCUGGCAUGCGCGACGGGGCGAUUCCAGGUCUGGCAACGCCUAUGACGACGUCCCGGCCGGCGUCGAUGUCCUAGUAACCCACGAUGGCCCCUUUGGUAUCUUUGACAUGACCGGCGGAGGCCAUUGGGGUUCCAGCCACGAGCUUUUGGGCGCCAUCUACCGCGCCAAGCCGAAGGUGCACCUCUUUGGUCAUAUCCACGAACAGCGGGGGCACUGGGACCGCUCGGGCAGCACUUUCCAAGGGGGCGUAGAGUAUCGGCCCAACCCCGCGAUCACCCAUGUCUUCCGUCCCAAUGGUCCUCCAGCGGCGAACUACCCGGUGGAGGUGGAGUCGAACAAUGCCAUGGCCAACCAACCGACGGUGGACCACAGCUGGACAGGCGUUUGGGCGCCCCAGCACGUCGUCGGGCGAGCCCGGCUGAUUGUGGGCAAGCACGAGUCUUGGAUGAUCCUCCCAGAUGUGAUCAGCUUCAACGGCGCUCUGAACGCCUUGACGCGUGCGGCCCGCUGGACGCAGGCGCUGGAGCUCUUCGCCGCGCUGCGCAGGUGUCUUCAGCCCAGUCAGAUCAGCUUUCCUGGCUGCACAGCGAACGCGUUUUCGUUGGACCUUCAGCAGCUGAGAAAUUCUCAAGCAGAACGUUUCAGCACUCUGAUCUCCGCCAGCAGCAGUGCUGGGCAGUGGCGCAUUGCCUUGAACUUUGGACAGCAGUUCAGGGUGAAACAUAGAAGGCAUUUGCUGCAACAGAUGAUCCAAGAAGAGUUGCAGCCAGGCCUUGUGGCCUCCAAUGCGGCCCUGAACGCCUUCGAGUCGCUGGGGCAGUGGCGCCGGGCGCUCGAGCUCUUCGUCACCCUGGGUGACUCUCCGGAUGUGGCUUCGGCCAGAGGGGAGAACCGAAACGAAGACGACGCGACACAAAACGUCCUCAGGCCUUGCAAGCCCUCGGCCGAGGCUUUCACCUACAGCAGCCUGAUCAGCUGUUGCGAAAAGGCUGCCGUGUGGCAAGUGGCUUUGCAGCUCCUGGCGCAGUGGCGAUGGCGCGGUGAUUCGGAGACGAGCCUGGCGCGGCAACUGAGGGGAACGCCGCAGGAACGCGCCGACUUCGCCGUCCAUCCAGUGGCCGACAUCGGACCGAAGACCGGUCCAUGCCGCGGAACCCAAAAAGCGGAGGAAGAGUCUUCGAGAUCUCACCUGGUGAUGAUGCUCUUCUUGGGCACUCGCGACGUGCACACAGGCCAACUGCGCACUGCUGGCAAGCUGAGCUUCGUAGAUCUGGCCGGUAGUGAGCGGCUGAAGCGCAGCGAGGCAGUGGAAGUGGGUUGUGGCGUUCAGCCGGCGACCGGGACGUCGCUGGGUUUCGAUCAUGGCGACUGGGACGCGACGGAGGAGGCAAAGAAAAAGUCUCUGGCACGCCGACGACGACUCCUCUUCGGUCGCAGGCCCUGCGCACUGGUGGGCCCGCGGGAGCAAUUCCGGGCAAGUUUGGAGGAUCCUGAAGACCUGCUCGUGCAGCGCUUGGGCUUGGCCACCUGCAAUGAGCUCCGGCAGACUUUAGAGGCGAACGCCGCGCUUCGCGCGACGAAGGCUUUCUCCGGGACAACGCCCUGCAGGUGCUGCCAUUGGAUCCGCGUCUUCCUGAUGCACAACCCAUCUAUAGGCGACUCUUCCAUUUGGGCCAAGCACAGCGCUUGGCCGAGGAUGAGAAGCAGCUACGGCGGAAGCUGUUGA